AUGAAUAUUACUAACUUCUUUACCCGCCUCGUAUGGCGCACAUCCGAGACCCAACCUCAUACUCACAGCCAUAUCCUUCAGCUGCCAGUCGAACUACUUCUGGAAAUAUUUAAGUUUCUUCCUCCUUACAGUCAACUACUCGUCUACCGGACCUGUCGGCCCCUACGCGCAAUCGUUUAUAAAUAUUUCCUUGCUGGGAGGGGAGAGAUCCUGGACACACUAGAGUAUAGGCUGCUCUAUCUCACUCAUCUCGCCAGGUCUCUGCCUGAUCGAUGGGUUUGUGCCAAAUGCUGCAAACUUCAUCAGGCUUACAGCUGGGAUACGCCAUCAUCUCGGGCAUUUUAUUUACCAAAGUGUGGAGAUGGAAAGCAUUGGUUUUCUGAGCAACAUAGCGAAUCUAAAAGCUUGGCAAAUCAUGAAUAUUCUCCAUCACAUAGGCACGUCGAACUCACGCUUAAAUACGCUCGGUUGCAGAGCCAAAAAAGGGCGCAUCGAAAACACCUUCAAAGACUUCUUGCACCAUAUCACGCCGCAAGUCAAAGGCCUGGCACUAUCAGCGUAGUUGAAGGCAUCCUAGCUCAGCGCUCAUUUUACCCUAAGGUUGUAGAUGGAAGAUAUUUACUUCUUACCGUCCGGACUUAUCUAGGGGUUAGGACUACUAUAUCACGACAGUCCAUAAAAUUCAUAGAAAUAUGUCCUCACCUAUAUGCCUGGGGUAACUUCUCCUUAUGGAAUGAUGCGACGAUAGCUUUGGAUACGAUUUUAUAUUUGGCUUUCUUAGGACCACCAAACACUCGAGUUUCUGACUCCUGCCGUUCUUGUGGAACAGAUUUCUCCGUACAAGCCUCACCAGAGCGAGCUAUUGUAUGCGCGUGGCAAGACUUGGGACCCGAAGGAACGGUAUAUGAUCCGGAUUGGGAGGCGAUAGUGCGUGAGACUACAAAUAUCUCUCACCGGCCUGGAAGUAUUCGAGAGCUAUAUGGCCGACAGGAACACAAUGGUGAAAUUUUAUAG